GAAGAAUAUCCAAACCAAAAGGAAAAGGAGAACUACAAAUAAUUGACUGUAGCAACAUCAGCAUAGCCAUCAACAACAUCAUCCGGAUCAUCAUCAUCGUCCAUCAAACAUCCUACUCUCUAACACCCCUCCACUCACUCCCUAACCCACCCUCUUUCGCUCUCUCCCUUCUGCUGCUUCUGGGCAGUGCUGUUAAUCUAAUCACUACAGAAGGAGAGAGUAGAAGAAGAAUCCCCCUCAGAGUAAUGGCUAUUAUAUAUCACAUUCCCCAUGUUACAACAGUUCUCCAUGUACUCCUCCUCCUAUCUCCGGCAACACCCCCUGUCCUCGCCUUUAACAUCACAGCCCUUCUCUCAUCCAUCCCGGAGCUCUCCUCCUACUCAUCCCUUGUCUCCACCACCAUCUCCUCCGAUCUCUCCCACCGCACCUCCCUCACGCUCCUCGCCAUCCCUAACCCUUAUAUCUCUUCUUCCGAUCUUCUCACGCGCCGCCUCUCUUCCACCGCCCUCGCCGACGUCCUCCGCUACCAUGUCCUCCUACAGUACCUAUCCUGGUCCGACAUCCAGAAGAUCCCCUCCUCCGGCGUCCUUGUCACAACUCUCUUCCAGACCACCGGUCGCGCCACCAGCAACUACGGCUCCGUCAACAUCACUCGCAACCCUUCCAAUGGCGUCGUCUCGAUCCACUCCCCGGCUCCUUACUCCCCCUCCAACGCCACCGUUCUCUCCCUCGUCAAGACCCUUCCCUAUAAUGUCACCAUCUUGGCAGUCAAUUCCCUCCUCGUCCCCUACAACUCCGAUCUAGUCUCCUCCGAGUCCCGCCCGCCUCUGGGGCUCAACAUCACAAAGGCCUUGAUCGACGCCCACAACUUCAACGUCGCUGCGUCGAUGCUGGCGGCCUCGGGCGUCGUGGAGGAGUUCGAGGCCGACGAGGGCGGUGCUGGGAUCACGCUCUUCGUCCCGACCGACACCGCUUUCGCCGAUCUUCCGACGACGGUGAGGCUUCAGUCUCUGCCAGCAGAUAAGAAAGCGGUUGUCUUGAAGUUCCACGUGCUCCAUUCCUACUACCCGUUAGGUUCUUUGGAGUCGAUUGUGAACCCGGUCCAGCCCACAUUGGCCACCGAGGCCAUGGGCGCUGGGAGCUUCACCCUCAAUAUUUCGAGGGUUAAUGGGUCGGUUGCGAUUGAUACUGGGAUUGUUCAGGCGUCAGUGACUCAGACCGUGUUUGAUCAGAACCCGGUGGCCAUCUUCGGGGUCUCGGAAGUGCUGUUGCCAAGGGAGAUAUUCGGCGGGAAAGGGCCUCCAGUGAAUCCCAAGCCUGGAAGCCCCGUAAUGGCAGGUGCUCAGACGCCAGAGAGCACGCCUUCACCCGAGAAUUCUCCGGGGCUGAAUGGCCCGCCCUCGCACCUGUCGUCUCCGCCGGGUUUCGGCCAAGAAAUCACAUCGGGAGCGGCCAUUGCUGGUGGUCUUCUGAGCUUGUUGGCAGGGUCUUCCGGUGGCCCCACAAGUGGACGGUGGUGAUCAUGGACAAGUUCGAUUUAUCUUUCGUGCAUUUCUAUGGCGCUCGACGUUUUGAUUGCACUGCCACAGAACAGGGUACGGUCAGAUCUAUUGUGACUGUUUGGGUCAGUGGAAUCUGCCGUGUGAGUGCUCAGACGCCACUCGGUGUGCCAUAUGGUUGAUUCUUGCCGUUUCAGAUACAACAUCUCGCAGUAAUGGGUCCCAAAUUCCAGCAGCUUUGAAACCCUUUUUCUGGUACCAAAAGUUGAGAAAGUUGAUCGGUAAAGCCUGAUUAGGCGAUGAUAAAAAGCCCCAUCUCAGCCAGGUUAAAUGGAUGGUCUCUAGGGUGUGGGCCAUUGUCAUGUAUAAAAAAAAGCUUCUACAGCCCAUUCGAACCCUUGUCUUAUUUUUUUUUAUGCCACAUCAAAUAAAUAUAAAUAAAUUUUUUAUUCUUUUA